CCGCCGUCCUCAACCAUCUCUAGCCAGGACCAGCUGUUUUACUGUUAGCAUCGUUUAGUUAACGUUUAUUUCAUUAAAAUGUCUCUUUACUGUCAUAAUUAACUCAUAACUAAGAUAUCUCCCAGAAUAGAACUACUAUCACGGUCUAGAGUAGAUGUCAAUAUAAGGAUGAGUGGAGGAGUCCAGCAGUCCAGCAUGUUUUUCCUGAGUCUUCCAGACCUGAAGAAGCUGUGCUGCGUCACUCUGACUCUGCAGGAGGACGCCGAGGAGCUGAGGAGCAAACAGAUCAAGACCUGCAGAUGUCGUUUUUUCCAGAAAGGCAUCCUCCAAGUGUUCGGACAGAGACGCAGUCUGCAGCUGGGAUGUCCUCAGUGUGUGUUUCCAGGUGUCCUCCAGUGUUGUCUGUCCUACUCUCUGAUCACCCGACUGGCUCCCCGCUGGAAUAAAGCAGGACUCUACCUCAUCACUGGAAAAGACUUCCUGACUGAGAGCGGGAGGCUCAACGCUGUCAGCACGGAGCUGAGCACCAGCGAGGGCCAACUGUGCAUCAGUAUUGAAGCCAACACAGUCAGACUGCCACCAACCAGACUGGAGGACUUUAACCUCUCUCCGUUAGUGCUGAGGAGGUUCUGCAGUGAUCCUGACUCCGUCCUCGACCCCACCUCCACCGGGGGAGCCAUCUGGUGUCACGUACUGCCCAGCAUGAAGAAAGGUCAGAUUAUCACCAUCACCCGUCAGCUGCCCAGAGACGGCCCAUUCAGGACCUACAGAGACCUGCAGAACCACUGGAACCGCCUGUACGGCUACAGACUCCCUGAUGUUGCAGUAGAAGAGGUGGUGUACUGCAGCGUCUACUUCAGACUAGUGGGAGAGAGACUCUUCACCUACCCUCUGAGCUGUGUCCGCCUGCAGCCGGUGCAGCGCUGCCCUCGCGUCGACAUGCAGGGGGCGCUGGGCUCCUUCCUGUCUGACAUCAGCGACAGGCUGCAGAGCGUUUGCGGCUUCCCCGCACGUCUGACCAGCAAACCCCGUUACCACACAGUCAGUCUGAGCACUGCUGCAACAGUGCAGGUGUCGAGUGGGGAGCAGAUCAACUUGACCACCUCCUCCUCCAUCAGGCCGGUCCUCACCCAGCUCCCUCCUCCCCGACCUGUGAAGCUCUCCUUCGGGUCACAGCCUCCAUCCUGGGCCCCUCUCUCCCAGCAGGACAGAGCCCAGAGGCUUCUGGGUAACGGAUGUGGAUUUAGGAGCAGUCUGACACAAAGUCAAGGGUGCAGAGGAGACGGAGACUGGCCUUCAUCGUCCUCCUCCUUUUCUGAUUCCUCGGGUUCAGCUCUUUCUCUCUCCUCUUCCUCUUCUCUCCUACUCUUCCAGCCAGCUUCAUCCCUCCCCUCUUCCUCCUCCUCCUCCUUCGUCCUCCCUCCUCAUCCUCCUCCAACUCAAACCCCGACUCCCAAACUGGUUCCCAUCUUCAAGAACAAGUCUCCAUCUCACCACAUCAACGUCGCCCUGCUGCGGCUCCAGAAGCACAGGGAGCAGCUGAUUAGAAGAGAGGAGGAGAGGGGGAGGGUGACACUACCUGCCUUUAGGAGGAAGACUCCCACCACUUCUUCUUCUUCUUCUGUUUCUUCUCUGUCAGCUGCGUCCUUCCCAAAUCCUCCUCCGCUAAUCGUUCCUCGCUUCAUCCGUCGUCCCAAACCUCAUGGCGGCACCGCUCCUCAGCCAGCGGGUCACCCCAGACUCAAGCACAUCCCCAGCCUCAGCCCUGCGUCCAAAUCCAAACCCGGGCUCAUCCUCGCUCCAAAGCCUGAGAUCAAGCCUAAACCCAAGUCCAGCCUCAAAACCAACGAGAAGUCCAGCUCUGAAAGCAACGCUGCUGCUAACUCCAGCUGUAAAGUGAAGGAAAGAGCAACAAAACAUCCCUCAGCUGCACCACCCCAGCCUCCUCCACCUCCAUCUUCUGAUAUCUCCAACAAAGACACGUCCAGCAGCAGCAGCAGCAGUCGGAGAAUUGUGUUUGAAUCCAAACCAAAGAAACACAGAUCAGCGAUACGAGACGUUGACGUGGAGCAAGUGGCCAGAAGCAACCAGUUGUCAAAGCUGAAAUCUGCGACUCUGUUGGCCUGGUUGAGAGGAAGAGGGGUGCUCGUCAGUGCCAAACACAAGAAGGAGGAGCUGAUGCUGAAGGUCAUGGGCUGUCUGGCCGAGGCUUGAGACACACACACACUCACAAACGGCGUAUAGAUUAAUAGACUUCCUCUGGAGUAUUAACGCUGUGCUAAGCUCCUCAUUUAAAGAUUCAAUGUAAAAUAUGUCCGUCUUUAUCAGCCUGAAUCAGAGACAGCAGCUGGAACAGAUGAGAGCGCUUCAUCCUCGCUAAUUGAGAUGCUGAAGAUUUGCCAAAAUGAAAUUCUCGUGUCAGAUAAAGUCACCGCGACGUCCACGCAGGAACUGACACAUUCAAAGUGUUGUAGUUUUUUACUGUCUCGUCUCCUUGUUUGAUUUGAGGCAUCGUUGACUGUUCGGGUUCAGUUUAAAAUCCCUUUACAGGAGUUCUGAUGUUUACAUGAAUAGUUACCUCUCGCUGCCGUGUGAAACUUUUCUCAUGCAGCUUUAACAUUUAUUGAACAAAACGUUUUGCUGUUUUACUUCAAGUUUAGGUCUUUCAUACAUUUGACCUUAAAAUAAGUUAUCUACCUCUCAGAAAUACAUGCAUUCAAAUAAACCACAUUAAAAGGUUUAAGGUAGCUCCUUCCUUUUUACUGAAUGUUGCUGAAAAAACUGUGUUUUGAAUUUGAAAACCUUCAUAUAUUUAUAGGAAAUAUUCUGUAUUCUACAACCGGUAUGUGUUUAUUUAUACAGUAGUUAUACAGCAGCUGUUUAUUUAUACAGUAGUUAUACAGCAGCUGCUUGUUGUUCAAGAAUGUACAAUUAUAUUUAUAUGCUGAAGUUCUGUGUAUAAAUAUCGUUUUUAGAAA